AUGAACUCGUUCGAGACUGACAAUAACAGAAACAAAUAAAAAUAAGGAGAAGAAAGAAAGAAGUUGUCGAAAAGGGUUACUUUUUUCUUCAAGGAAAUUCCUUUAAAGAAUAGAGUGGGGACGGUGGGUGAGUGCGAACGAAGGAAGGCAUGUAUCGAACAACUAUUGGGCAUACUCCCGUCGAGUUUCGUGUUUCUCAACACGACAUGGCGUCGAGUAGGAUUGUCGAUAUGUAGCAUCGGGAUCGUCCUUGGAAAGCAUUCAAUUUAAAGUCUAAUAUAACCGAUACGACAUUCAUACUAUGGGCUAUCAUAUCGAAUGAAAGAGCACGCGUUAAAGAAGAGUCAAGUCCGAGCUGCCAGCACAACCGCCAGCCACUGAAUGGGGUCACCGUGAUGAAGUCGAAGAAUCUUCCUAAAAAAGAAGAUGAUACCAAUAAUGAUGAUUCUACGGAAGCGAAUGAAAGGUACGACAAGUUUGAUACGAUUAGGAUGCCGGUCGUACGUGUCUUAAGUAAAAGUCCACCUAACGAUGAGGGCAUUGAGCCCGAUACGGAACGAAGAAGAGGAUCGGUAGCUCGAUGCUGGAGUCUUGAUUCUACCUUGCCAAGUGAUGACGAUACAUCGAACAGUGUUUAUCAGCAAAAUCGACACAAACUGAGGGUCACGAGAUGUUACAGUUCCGAUAGUGCAGUACUAAGUGAUGAGGAUCAAGGAAAAGGAUGGGAUUGCUUUAACAUGGUAGAAGGUAGUGAAUGUGAAUCUACUGAAGGACGACCAAGAUAUUGGAGAACACCAAGUGUGGUUGUUAGCGAUUAUUCAGAUUAUUCUUACUUAGAUGAAAACUUUGAGAGAACCAAUCUUGAUGUCGAAAAAUAUGAUGGAACAAGUGGGAGUCCGAGUCAAACUAGUAGUUGUUCUUGUUUAGAUUGUGAUGAGAUACAAGAGUCAUUAAAUAUAAAGUUCCUUCAAGUUUGUCGCCUUCGUAGACAUUCUGAUUCCUGCUGUUUGUGCCUAAGGCAAGCUAACACCACUUCUAUAAGAGAUCUGCAUGAAGCAGGAAACAGAAGAAAUUCAUGUGUGGAGACUACUGGUCCAUAUUACACUAAAUUUGAUGAUCCUCCUGUUCUCGAAUAUACAGAUGAUAGUCCUUCCGAACUAAAAGAUCAAUCAAAAGUUGAAUUAUUAGAUGUUCCACCUGUACGUAAAGUAUCAGAUUGUUCUACUACUUCCAGUUUAAGUGGAGAUGACUGUGAUAUCUCUGAAGAACUUCAACCAGUUAAAUCUUUACGAACAUCUGGCUGGAGAAAAUUGAGAAAUGUUGUGCAUUGGGCUCCAUUCUUUCAAAUAUAUAAAAAACAACGAUAUCCAUGGGUACAAUUAGCUGGCCAUCAAGGAAAUUUUCAUGCUGGACCAACAUCGGGAACUAUUUUAAAGAAAUUCUCCUCGCAGGAAGAAGCUUGUUUCCGUUUGCUAAUGCAUGAUAUUCUAAGACCGUAUGUGCCUGAAUUUAAAGGAGUCUUGAAUAUUCGAGAAUCUAAAGAAGAAAACUGUGAAAAUUCUGAAUUAAAAACAAAGAAUAAAAAUGAAGAUAAAAUGAUAGACAAGGAAUCCAUUGUUAGCUCAUAUUUGCAACUUCAAGAUCUUUUGGGAGAUUUUGAACAACCUUGUGUAAUGGACUGUAAAAUUGGAGUACGAACGUAUCUUGAAUCUGAAUUGGCAAAAGCCAAAGAAAGACCUAAGUUAAGGAAAGACAUGUAUGAGAAAAUGAUACAAAUUGAUCCAACUGCACCAAGUGUCGAAGAACAUCGAUUACAAGGUGUUACAAAGCCAAGAUAUAUGGUCUGGCGAGAAACCAUUUCUAGUACGGCUACACUCGGAUUUCGUGUUGAAGGUAUAAAAUUAGCGCAUGGUGGAACUUCGAAAGAUUUUAAAACAACUAAAACUCGUGAACAGGUUACAGAAGCUCUUAAGCGUUUUGUUGAAGGUUACGCACAUGCAGUUCCAAAAUAUUUACAACGUCUUAAUGCUAUCCGAACAACGCUUAAGGCAUCUCCAUUUUUUGCUUCACAUGAAGUUGUUGGUUCAAGCUUAUUGUUUGUGCAUGAUGUUAAAAAUGCCGGUAUAUGGAUGAUUGACUUCGCAAAGACAUUACCUCUACCACAACAUUUAUCUGAAAUUCGACAUGAUGUUGAAUGGCAAGUGGGAAAUCACGAAGAUGGUUAUCUAAUAGGUGUCAAUAAUCUCAUUGACAUAUUCGAAGAAAUAAGAAGUUCUCAAAUAUAACUUCAAGUUUAUUCUAAUGUGCUAAAUGUAAUAAUAACAUGAGCGUUUCGUUAAUUUACCUGUUAUAGCUUUCUGCUUUAACAGAUACACUUAACUUACGUCUUCUUGUGCAAAUUUAAUUUUAGGUAUAUUUAACUAUACAAUAUUGUAAGAACACAUUGACUGUCUCUAAUGAUAUCCUUGAAAAAAGGGUGAACCAAAGACGCGGUAGCUAGUGCUACCUAGGUGUUCUAACUAGAUUUUCUUUUUUUAUCAAAGGCAGAAACCUGUAAAAAAAUAACUUAAUAUUUUCUUACAUGUAAGUUUAUUUAUACUUAACGCUACAUAUUUUCAGAACACAAGAGCAAGUAAUGCUUUGUAUUCAAAUUAUAUCAUGCAUUUGUAAAUACUCCAUAC